AUGUCGUUUGGGAUGCGUAUUGGGCUUGCCGAGCCUCAUCAUAGGCGGGCUUCCGGGGGGUUGCGUGACACCGCUGCUGCUAGUGGUAUGAAGGACGGAGGUGACAAUUUGGAUGACGGGCCACAGCCAAGUUGCUCGGUCCCGACACCGGAGCCUCGUGUGCUCGCUACGGCUGCUACGGUGGCCUGUGCGUCUUUGCCGCGCGCGAGCAGCUCCGCACUUGCCCGUUCAACGAGGAAAGGGGGGAUAAUUGGGGAGGGGCCCUCUUCAACAUCUUCCCUGCUGGAUGGGGCGGCGCUUCGGAGUCGGCUGCGGAGACCGUCCUCAGCAGCCCACUUGCGGCGACUGGACCUCAGAGCCACAGCGAUGGAUGAUGUGGAAUGGAGCUGGUUUUGUCAGGACCUGCUGUCAACGAUGUCGGGCCUGACCUUCUUGGGACUGGCAGAAAUGGGGCUCACGGACAGGCGACUAGCGGAGCUUCUUCGCAGCUGCCAGUUGGAGUCUACGCGCUGCGGCACGGCAGCGUCGUUUUCCUCAGCACUGUCGUCAAGGAGGGCAACAGGUCUUGCGGCGUCGAGGUCCGUUGCGGCGGGUGAUGCUGCCUCCUCAAUAUCCUGUAACCCUGGUCUUGGGAGAAGGACAUCCACACAGGUCUCAUCGUCGGUUGCGAACCUGGGUGGAAGACGAGCGUUGCGUCGACUGGGCGUAUUGGACCUGAGCGGGAAUCGUCUGACCCACCGUAGUGCAACUCCGCUUGGAAAACUGCUUCUUUGGGCAGCGGACACCCUUGAUGAGUUGCACCUGUCGGGGAAUCCAUUGCAGGACUACGGACUGCAAAUCUUGGGAAUCUAUUUGGCCAAGUUGCAGCUGGCCUCGCUGCAGAAGGAGCGUCACUUUUUCCCUUUGUCGCUGGUGCGGCAGCACGCGGCGUUGUUUACGCAGAGGCGGAGGCAGGCUGAGCAUGAGGCUCGAGUGCGGUACAGUGUGCCUCAAGGACCCACCCACGCGUCUCCGCAGGAGCGGCGGUGUGGGGACGCCAGUGAACGGGGCACACCCGCUGCUUCCUGCGGGGACGCGCAGAUUCAUUUAGGAAUUUCAUUUUUGGACUUGCGGGGCUGUCAGGGCUCUGCACGUGGAAUUUCAGAGGUGCUUGCGGGUGCAAGUCACUCCCAACGGUUGGAAACCCUUCUGCUAGCACACAACAGGGAUGCUCGAGCCGCACUCGUAUCCCCCAGGCCAGCCUGUAAGGGUGUGGGGAUCUCUCCGCAGGCAACGUGUAGCAGAGACGAGGCGACCGCAGGCACCGACCCCUUGCUGAGCGCGUGCAGGUUUUCUAGCUUUAAGGAGCUCCACUACCCAUGUGCGUUAACGAUGCUUACCCUCAGCGGUGUGCCAUUAUCGAAGCUGUGUACGCCCAUUGGUUGCCGCGAGCUUUUUCUGAACGUUUUUUUUUGUUGUCCUAAACUAAAUCAAUUGGAUGUCUCAGAUACUUUUGACAUUCUCAAACUGCCAUCUUCGCUACUGCUGCAGCUCCUGAUGCGUAGACGAGAGGCCGCACGUGACCCGCGCAUCUAUUGGGGCCUGCAGCUGGAGUUGGAGGGGGCGACGGAGUUCACGCUAGAUACCGUGAUGCUGGCUCACCAAGCGUGUGUGGGAGGCAUACUCUGUGAGUUGGCGGCACACGCCGCGUUUAACGCCCAGAGGCGACAGAGUCUGGCCCCACCCGCAUUUUGUCACUUGCAGUCGCUGAAUCUAAAAGGCACGGGUAUCACCGAUAGGGCGGCGCGUGGGUUGGCGAUCGCCGUGUCUUCCGCGGCCUUGACGGGGGUUCUUUCUUCACUGACGGUGCUCAACCUGGCCGACAACCUUCUCAGCGUCGAUGGCUGCAUGCAGGUUAUGCACGCCUUCAUUAUUGGUUGGCCGGUGCCCCCCUCCGUGCUCUCGGCGCUGUCGCUUCAGGGGAAUGCCGGAGUUCACCGCGACGACGAUGACUCCAUUAUGCUGCUUCGGCAGGGGGCUGAGGCUGCCGUGUGGAGACGGCGUGAAGAGCGUCAACGAUGCGGCCUUGUCGACGAAGCGAGUCUACCGUUGCCGCUGCGCAUUUAUCUCGGCGCUGUGGGGACGGAAGCCUUCUGCAUUGCUGACGGCGAGGCGGACAAAACCACAGCUGAAAAGGAGGCCGUAGAAGACGCAGGUGGGGUCAGGCAAGACGUCACUGUGGCGGAUGAGAAUAAACGUGACAAGGACUUUUCGACAUUUCACUUCGGCACGGGCGGAGCGGUGCUGAUACCACAGACGGCGGUGAGGCCGUUUGUGGAAGUGCCAGCGAGCGCGUCUUUCCUCUCCCCACUGGCCGCACAGCUGGCGGCCACCUGCGAUGUCAGCUCCAUCCACGCCGGGGAGACCCCGCGGAGGUUUCUCUUCUCCGUGCCGCCAACACCAUCGGCCCUGCAGCGUACAACAGACCCCUUUUAUCCACCCGAGCAACCGCAAAAACUGCCAGAGCAGCAGUACAUUAGCGAGGAACAGCAGCGGCGUAGGAGUGUUCCCAUUCUGUCGCCUGCAGUUGCCAAUGAGAACCCGCCUAUUAUGAUAGGAUCCACCGCGGAGGUCGUGGCGGGAGAGACGUGGCGUAGCUCGCUCGUGAACGUCAAGCCGGCAACAGAGUUCUCAACACCCGCUUUACCCGUCGUCGUACCUUUUGUAACGACUGCACAGGAGGGGCAUCCGUGGGCCAGGGACGCUGCGAGGGCGCGUGAUCCAAGCUGCAGCGCUGGUUGCGAGGUCACACCACUGCGAUCGCACGAUAAUCAUGUCCUACGCGGCACGCUGACUUCUUUUCAGCGUGAACCGUCAUCUAUUUUUGCCUCUUCUCCCCACUCCUCCAAGGCGCUUAAAUUUGGUUGUCUCUUUGCCGCCAUGGACGCCGCGGGGGACCGAGGAAGCAAGGAGGAAACGGAGAAUAGUUUGACACGAUGCUAUGUUAGCAGCAUGGGCUAUCGCCAACAUGGUGACGGUGUAGGUGAUGCGGAAGCUAAGGAAGCGCAUGUCUCGCGUGGGGCCGCUGAAGUUCCGCAGUUGGAGGCGGCAAAAAAUGAGGAGGCUGUGGAAGCUACGGGUGACGGACUAGCAGUGGGGCUGGAGAGCGAGGAUGCCGAUGGUUUUGCAGGUAAGGUGGCAGCGGCAGCAGCAGUAGCAUUUAAGCCGAAAAAAGGACGUUGUGUGAAAAGCUUUGUUAUGUCCUAUUAUCACCCCGUUGGUCACGUAUUCUGUCGAGGCUGGCGACUGCUGCAUCGCGGCGAUUCUGUGGGAGAAGAUGCCCGGGCAUGUGUUGAGCGUGAUGUGUGGAAGCUGCUGCAGCCUCUGGACACGCAUCAGGGAGACGCAGUGGUGAAUUCCGUCUCAUUUGUGAUGCCCUCGGCUGAGGGCAUGGACGAUGACGCGGAGUAUGGCGCCACACGGCUACAAAUCGUCUCCAACGAGCACCGUUCGGCGCUGGCUGAACGCUUGCAGCAGCAUGCGAACAUGGAGGAUGGGAUCAUUGCCUUUCCACUUUUUAUGCAGGCACUUCGGCGGUCGGAAGAUGACACGGUGGAGGUGAUUGCCGCCAUGCUUGACGCUGCUCACUGUGGACUGCCUGCAAAAUAUGCGGGAAGCACUACGGAGGAGUUGGUACACGCGCGGCAUGGCAGCGAGGACGUGUUGAUGGCAGAAAUAGGUGCUGUCUUGGCUGCUGCCGACGGCGAGACCGCGCAGAUGCCAAACGGGUUGCGGGAGGAAGAUGCAGCGGACUUCCCCUUUUUUUCCGCCAACUCCGAGGAUGUCAUCCCUCUCGCUGAGAAGCCAGUCGCGGUGCUCGCGGAAGAGCCGCAGCUGCUGCCACCGCAGUCGAAAGAAACAAUGGAGGUGAAGAAGGAAGGAGAAAGGAUGGAGUCGGAGACCGCAGCUCCGACUGCCGCCGUGUGUCGUGACCCUCCCGCGCCCCACACACCUGAACUGCAGCAGGCAAAGCUACCGGGCGCAGUGGAGCCGCUGCUGCCCCCACCGGACACAACCGCUUCUGUGGGGAAUACGGUGCAGCUUCAGCCAACGCCGACCACGACCAGUAAUGCCGCCGCAGCAACAGCGGUAGCGGAAGUGGCUCUCAAAAAACCGGCACCGAGUUUGGUUGACCGCGUGAAGACAUUUGUCUUUUCUUUUCCUCAUCGUGAGGGCCACUGCCUCUGCCGAGGUUGGCGCCUACUGCACCGCACCGACGCCGUUGGUGAAAAUGCCCGUGCGUUGCUGGAGGCGGAUGUAUUGUCGUUUCUGCAGCCCGCUUUGGAGGAUGGACAACAGCAGGGCGUUGAUGGCGGCAUUGCGAAGGAUGCCGAUGCCGAUGCGUCCGCGCGGCGGACCGUGAAGUCGGUGUCCUUCACGUGGGAAGGCUCGUCGUCGUCGACGAUGCAGCUGCGCGUGGUGACCAGCGAGCGUCGCGCGGUGGUGUCGCAACGGCUGCAGCAAAAUGUGGUUGAGGGCGAGGUGAAACUGCCACGCUUUUCCGAGCUUCUCCGCAGCAACGCCGCGUACGACACUAUCCAUGCUGUGGAGUCGUAUGUUCAACAGCAGGCCUCGGAGGAGCUGCAGCGGCGCAUUGCGAGCCGAUACCGUGCCACCAGUACGCUGGUCCACUACUACCACUGUGACGACGCCGCCAUGCUGCAGGAGAUUGGGGCCCCAAAUAUGGCGGCGGUGGAGGCCACUGUUGACGCUGCAGCGACUGACGCUUCCGAUAUCACCUCAACGCCGUCAGGGGACACCCACAACAAGGACGACGCUGCUGUGGAGGCAACAGAGAGAGCGGGGGGCGCUGUAGAGCGGCCUCAGGCGCCGAGUGAAUCACCGCCAGAGUCGCACGAGGAGUUGAUGGAGGGCAACACCAACAAGGGUAUUGUAGAGGUGAUAGAUGGGACAAUCGCAGACGUCGCGCCACCGUCUACUGCGUCCUCCUCCCCGUUGAAUCUUGCAACGCCGAUUCACCGCGCCGCUCGUGUCCACAGCAUAGAGCUGACGCUACCGGGAGGCAAAAACAUCCAACGCAUUCACAACAGUGAGAACACAGGCACGCAGCUGCCCCCGAAGAAUGGCGAGGUUAACAGCGACGUGACACACACCAACCAGGCCUUCGCGGAGCGCGUUCGUCGUUUACAGUUUCUAGCGUACACUGCGAUGGCCAAAGGUGCGAUCUCGUUGGAUACGCACCAACGACACAAGCUGCGCAUCUGCAAUGGAAAAUGGGGCCGACAGCGCGUCACUGUUGCCGUGGAGUGGGAUGUGUUUCUUGUGGUAUAUUUUGUGAAGGGCACGGCGUUGGGCAUUACCUCACGCAAAACCCUUGUGCUGGUGCACCCUGUGGCCUUUGGGCUGCGCUGCUUUGUCGACAACAACAACGGCGGCAGCGUCGAAGGCCGCGACCGUAUCAUACACUUCUGCUUGGAGCAUGCACAUUCACCCGAUGAGUUGGGCGUCUCCUCGCAGGAGGUGGAGCGAAGGCUGCAGGAGGUGUCGGCGUUGAAGGGCUCAAGGUCUGGUGCAUCCGCGCGUGGGAGUUUGGUGUCGUUGCAGAACCUGACAAAUGCCAGCCUCGCAAGCGGCUCCUCGUCGGUUGCCACGCUGGAUUCCGCGGCGUCGGUGCCAAGCACGGGGCGGCUCCUGCAGCACCACGUGUCGUUUCAAGUAACCGUGAGUAGUGCGUCCAAGGCUCGUGAGGCGGUUGCCGCCAUUCGUGGCGCAGAGCAGCGGGCAGUGAAGAUGAUACAGCAGACGAUGGCGGAGCAGGAUCGCCAUGCCGUGGCUCGCCAGGUUUCAGAAACGCAGGCAGCUUAG